AUAUCCGAGAGCUAAUGAAACACUUAGAGUAAUACAUAAACAGUUAUGGCAAGAAUAUUAUGAAUGUCUGGAAAAAACAUACACCAAAAUUAAAGCAGAAAAAACAUUGCAUCCAAUUGCACUUAUAGCCCUUGAAGGAACACUGGUCACGUUAAAAUGCCAAAUAUGUAUUUCUCCAAUCGAAAUAUAUACAAAUGACAAUUUAGAAUGGUAUUUUAAUAAUAAUAGUUCAAUGGCAUCAAAUAAUGAAAAUAACAAACUUAUAGAAGAAUCAAACAACAUUUUAAUUUCACCCAAUGACAAAAUGCUAAUGAUAUAUAAUAUUAGAGUAUCUAUCUAAUUCAUCGAUUAAAUAAUCAAAUAUAUAAAAUAGGAAAAAAUAAUGAAAAUAUUAUACAAUUUUUUAGUCUGAUCAUGCUGGCCAAUAUUGGUAUAUUAAAAAUAGAAAUACAGAAUUAAUGAUCCGAUACUGUAAGAUAAAAUGUUCAAAAAAUGAAAUAUUUGAAGUACGAGAUAAAGAUGGAAAUUUACUCGAAAGUGCGAACAACAGUGCUGAAAUAUAUUCUAUGUUACAAGGAAUACCUCUAUUGCCACCACCAGUUACAUGCACAAUCAUUUUUCAAAAAUAUAAGAAAAAAACAGCACUUAUAUGUCCAGGAAAUUUAAAUGUAAAUGUACCAAUUACUUGGAAAGUAGGUAGUAAUGUAUUAAAUCCGUCUGUUAUUGAAAAUCAAUCGGAAGGAAGAAUUCAUAUCAAUCCACAAAUGCAUAUGAUCUUUAAAUCACUAAAAUUCGAAGAUACAAAUAUUUAUAGUUGUUGGCAGAAAAAUGAAAUUGCUGGUUUAAUAAAAUUAAAUGUAGUAGGAGAAACAAAAUUGCAUAUAAAUUAUAGUGCAAUGAUAAUUGGUGGAAUUUUGAUCAUUAUUGUAUUUGUAAUAAUGUUUUGGAGGGUAUUUAAAGGUCGUAAACGCUCUACUAUACAUUAAUCAUAUAUAUAUAUAUAUAUAUGAAUAAGAUAUAAUGAAUAAGAGAUUACUUACCAUAAUGGUAUCUGAGGAUUUACGCAUUGA